UCUGCUUACGCGCCAAAAGCUACAGAUGAAGCACAGAUCAGAGAUGUUUUCAUGCGACGAAGACUAAGCUAGAAUAGCUCUUCUCAGACACUGGAACAUGGAGACUCUAAUGUCUUCUUCAUCGGUUCUCGUCGUCAGGAUGCCGAAGGGCAUUUCCACAAAGGGUGUAACGGUAACCUCUGACACUCAUCAUUGUCAGAGAAACAGAAAAAGGUUUUCCAUCGGAACUCGCAAGUUUCCAGCAAGAAUCCGGGCGAUCAAUGACGUUUCAACAGCCGCAGAUCCCGCUCAGGCGGUUGUCACUUGGCAAAUUGUCGUGGGCACUAUAGCUGGAGUCACUCCUUUCGUGGUGGCAGGAAUCGAGUUCAGCAAACGAAUUGUGGCACAGAGAAGAUGUCAGUUUUGUGGAGGCUCAGGACUUGUUUUAAGGGGCAAAUACUACUUCCGCUGUCCUGGUUGUGGUGGAUUUCUCCCAUGGCAGUCAUGGAAAAGAUUUUUUUCAGGCUAGUGGCUUAUUAGUUGGCUGGUAUCCUUAUCUUGGUAAUUAGAUGGAAGGACAUUUCUGAGAGAGACUG